AUGAUUGAACGCGGUUUUUGUGCAGACGACAUGGGCGGGUUGAUUAACACAAACGCGCAACAAAUGUCGGGAUUUCAGAAUCCCUACAGCGGAAGUGGGCAUUUCAGCCAAAUGUAUCCUUCCAGCCAGCGCCCUUCGUUCGCAAUCCAAGAGCUUCUGGGCUUGAGCAACCCAACAUGCAGACAGAAUGUGAGCCCCGAUAUUCUAGAAUCACAGGCCGCAAUGUCGUCUGGUAACUUCAUGUACUUUUCGCGGGACCUGCCCAUGUACAAUCCAUGCGCCGGAAACUACAACCCAUCAACAGCACCGGCUCCUGUACACCAAGAACCAAUGGGUCAAGCUUACGUCAACGUUUCUAACGUCAGAGAUUCUCUACCGCCGCCGUCGCACCAAUCAAACUCAACCUCGCCUUUUUGUCCAUGGCGCGUCCCUGAGAGUCUGACGCAGACGACAAUGCCGAACCAGCACAUGCACGUCAUGCCGCCCAUGAUGUCACGGACGGCGGACGGACCCAUGUACAACUAUAAAAUGUCACCAAAUGCCGACCACAAUGGGUCGCCAGGGCUUCAGGUGUCUCCCUGUGGUCUACAGUCGCCGACCGCAAAAUUUGAGGGAGCAGAUGGCGGCGUCGGCGGCAAGGGAAAGAACAAGAAGAAACGGCGCCGACACAGGACGAUCUUCACGGCGUACCAGCAGGACGAGCUAGAGAAGGCGUUCAAGGACGCCCACUACCCGGACCUGUACGCCCGAGAGGUGCUUGCUCUCAAAAUAGACCUCCCCGAGGACAGAAUUCAGGUGUGGUUCCAGAACCGGCGUGCCAAAUGGCGAAAGACGGAGAAGACUUGGGGGAAGAGUAGCAUCAUGGCGGAAUACGGACUGUACGGCGCCAUGGUCCGCCAUGCACUUCCGCUUCCAGACUCCAUCGUGAAGAGCGCAGAUAGAGGCAUCGACCAGUCGUCCGCGCCGUGGCUGCUAGGAAUGCAUAAAAAAUCGUUAGAAGCAGCUAGCAAAAUGAAGGAAGAAGAAGAAACGGAAGAUGAUGAAGAAGACAGAAAACGUGAGCCGGACGGUGACGUCAAAACUGAGAGCAUUGCAGCACUGCGCGCACGUGCACAACAACACAGCUCGAAAAUGCUUCAGGUGCUAGAAAAGGGAGAUAAUACUGGAAAAGGAAAGAAUAACUCUAUUAAUAAUUAUAAUGGGUCAUAUUUGUCACACAAUGGCCCAGAGCGAUACGAUCAUGGACUAUCUAAUUAG